CCGAGGCUGGAGAAGGGUGCUGUGCUUCCGGGUGGGACUGGGGUGACCCGGCCGCCGCGCGCAUUUGCGGUGGAGCAGCCAUGGGGGCCUACCUGGCCCGACGCUACCUUGGAGAUGCCUCGGUGGAGCCCGACCCGCUGCAGAUGCCCACUUUCCCUCCGGACUACGGCUUCCCUAACCGGAAGGAGCGCGUGAUGGUGGCCACACAGCAGGAGAUGAACGAUGCACAGCUGUCGCUCGAGCAGCGAGACUACUGUGCGCACCACCUCAUCCGGCUGCUCAAGUGCAAGCGUGACAGCUUCCCCAACUUCCUGGCCUGCAAGCAUGAGCGGCAUGCCUGGGACUACUGUGAGCACCUCGACUAUGUGCAGCGAAUGAAGGAGUUCGAACGUGAACGGCGGCUGCUGCAGCGGAAGAAGCGACGAGAGCAGAGGGAGGCUCGGGCAGCCCAGGGCCAGGGCUCAGGAGAAGUGGCCCCCGAGGUGGCCCUGUAGUGCCACCCACUAUUGCAAGUACCAGUAAAGAAAUAAAAGAGCCCUUCAUUCAA